UUGAAUGCCACGAGCCUGCCACGCGCUGUUAUGCACUACUCAAUCCUAUCCAUCCACGUGUCAUCCAUCCAACGGCUGUAAGUCCUCUCAUGUCGGGUUUUUCAUCAUCUACUUACUAUAAUCAUCUUCCCUCUUUCAUUUUCCUUUGAUUUCUUUCUACUGAUAAUUGUUCAAUUUCUGCAUAAGUUUCAGUAUUCAUCAUCAUGCUUCUAAAAGUGGCACCUGCGUUUGCGUUGUUGAACACCCAUGGGGAAAAUUUGGGUUCCAUGUUAUCAUUUUCUUCACAUGGAUCUGUUUUGAAGAAUUUUUCGGCAAAAAGUGGAAAUGGAUUGGUUGUAUGUGCUUCAAAGGGUUCGAACAGCAAACCGUUGACGGGUGUUGUUUUCGAACCCUUUGAAGAGGUGAAGAAAGAGCUUAUGCUUGUACCUACUGUUCCUCAUGCUUCUCUUGCUAGACAGAAGUUCACUGAUCAAUCUGAAGCUGCUCUUAAUGAACAGAUCAAUGUGGAAUACAAUGUUUCGUAUGUUUACCAUGCUAUGUAUGCCUAUUUCGACAGAGACAAUGUUGCUCUCAAGGGACUUGCCAAGUUUUUCAAGGAAUCAAGUGAAGAGGAAAGGGAACAUGCUGAGAAAUUCAUGGAGUAUCAGAACAAGCGUGGUGGGAAAGUGAAGCUGCAGUCUAUUUUAAUGCCAUUAUCUGAGUUUGAUCAUGCUGAGAAGGGGGAUGCAUUGUAUGCAAUGGAGCUUGCACUUUCUUUGGAGAAGUUGACAAAUGAGAAACUCUUAAACUUGCAUGCUGUAGCCACACGAAACAAUGAUGUGCAGUUGGCUGAUUUUGUUGAAAACAAGUACUUGCAAGAACAGGUGGAAGCAAUCAAGAAGAUCUCGGAAUAUGUGGCUCAGCUGAGAAGAGUGGGCAAAGGACAUGGUGUCUGGCACUUUGAUCAAAUGCU